AGUGCCAUUUUGGGCUGGUGUAGGCGUUUAGUUAGUGUAACAGCAGUUGGUUUGUUCUGAUUUCGGUUGUGUGUGUGGUUUCCAUUAAUUGAAUUGGUGGAUCCCGGGGAGCUAAAUUGUGUGUGAAUGAAUGUGAAACGGAUACCAGUUCUAAUUAGUUUUGAUGUUGCUGUUGCUGUGAGCGGCAAUUAGUGCUGUACCCAUUUAGUUCUUUUUGUUGGGCUGGGUGCAGAUAAGAAUAGGAAGAAGCAAGUACGGAGCGAAUGUUUACAUAGUGAAUCGUUAAAAGGAUAAAGUGGUAAUCACUGGAGGAAAUGCGACCGCAGUAACAAGCCACCAUUCGAGCAAAAACGGAUUACAGCGCUGUAAAAAAGCAUCGAGAAGGCAGAAGGGUGGUGGAAGCAGCAGCAGAAGAAGACGUCGCCGUAGGAAAAAGUUCGCAAAUGAACAAACUUCAUGAAUUAUGAUAUUUGGAUUUUCAAUUAAAUUGAACAAGGCUCUAUUACACACGCAUGACGUGGUAGCUAGAGAAGUAUACGGCGAGGAAGCGCUACGAGUAACACCACCACCGAUCGCACCCUACCUAAAUGGAGGCAACGACGAUAUCGACAACGGUGAAGCCGGCGACCUGCCGCACGUCACGCGCGUCCGGCUGGUGCAGUUCCAGAAGAACACCGACGAACCGAUGGGUAUAACGUUGAAGAUGACCGAGGACGGCCGGUGCAUCGUGGCCCGGAUCAUGCACGGUGGCAUGAUCCACCGGCAGGCGACGCUGCACGUCGGCGACGAGAUCCGGGAAAUCAACGGCCAACCGGUGCAGCACCAGACCGUUAGUCAAUUACAGCGCAUGCUGCGGGAUGCACGCGGUUCCGUUACGUUUAAGAUAGUUCCUUCAUAUAGAAGUGCCCCACCACCAGUUGAGCUAUUCAGGAUAAGACCAGCGCCCGUUUUAGUCGAUCAGAUUUUCGUUCGUGCCCAGUUCGAUUACGACCCGUUGGACGACGAGCUGAUUCCGUGCGCGCAAGCGGGGAUAGCUUUCCGGGUUGGUGAUAUACUACAGAUUAUUAGCAAAGACGAUCAUCACUGGUGGCAGGCCAGACACGACGCAGCUGGAGGGUCAGCCGGUUUGAUUCCUUCGCCAGAGCUUCAGGAGUGGCGCAUUGCCUGCCAGUCGGCGGACAAGACCCACAAGGAACAAGGAGAGGUAGGGCCCGGUUGCUCAGCACACGCAGAGGGAUGUGACGGAUCUACAGCAGUUAAUUGCUCAAUAUUUAGCCGUAAGAAGAAACAGUGCCGGGACAAGUACCUAGCCAAGCACAACGCCGUAUUCGAUCAACUGGAUUUGGUGACCUACGAAGAGGUUGUCAAGGUUCCAGUGGGUGACCCGGCCUUUCAGCGGCGAACAUUGGUCCUACUCGGAGCGCAUGGUGUCGGUAGACGUCAUAUCAAAAAUACCCUCAUAGCUAAGUAUCCGGACAAAUACGCUUAUCCCAUACCACACACCACCAGACAGCCGCGACCGGACGAGGAGAAUGGCCGCAGCUACUACUUCAUAUCACACGACGAAAUGAUGGCGGACAUCCAGGCGAACGAGUACCUCGAGUACGGUACCCACGAGGACGCCAUGUACGGCACCAAGCUGGAAACGAUACGACGCAUCCACGCCGACGGCAAGAUGGCAAUCCUGGACGUCGAACCACAGGCCUUAAAAAUACUGCGCACAGCCGAAUUCACACCGUACGUUGUGUUCAUCGCGGCACCGCUGCUGCAAAACAUUGCUGAUUACGACGGCAGCCUGGAGCGUCUGGCGAAGGAGUCGGACAUGCUGCGUCAGGCCUAUGGGCACUUUUUCGAUCUGACAAUCGUCAACAACGACAUCGGCGAAACGAUAGCCACGCUCGAAAAUGCGAUCGACAAGGUGCAUUCCACGGCCCAGUGGGUCCCGGUGUCCUGGCUGUACUGACAAGAUAGUGAGCUAGAAUGUCCGGCGUGCUUGGAGGAGGAAUGCGAUUGUGACUGUGACUGCGAGCUAGAUCUUAAGUAAGGCGUACGGGUGCCGGUGUGUAUGUG